AUGAGCUUGAAAGAAGUAUUCGAACAACAUCCAUGGAGGUCAUUUAAGAAGUUCAAUGAAGCUGCAAAGAGUCGGGGAUUUACUAACAGAGCUGAAGUGAAAAGGUUCUUUGACAAAAAUGUUGUACAUCAAACAAAAAUAAACCCUUACGACUACUUUUUACCAAUUUACUCCAACACUCCUGACGCAUACCAAUUUGACACUCUCAUUCAAAGCAGAAAAUGUGGUCAUAAACCAUUCCUCAUCUUCAUAAAUGUUAACACUCGUAAAGCAUAUGCAUAUCCAAUGAAAAAUAAAGGAACUCGUGAAGUGUUAAGAGUUUUACAAAAGUUUGUAGCAGAACAUAACCCAAGUACUUUAACAUCAGACCAAGACAGUGCAUACCUCAGCAACGAAAUCACAGAAUUUCUCAUUAAGCAUAACAUAACUCACUACACUACUGAAGACCAUAACCAUAACAUACUCGGUAUCAUUAACCGCUUCAUAAGGACUCUCAGAGAUUUAAAUCAAGAGCGAGACUUUACCGAAGAAACAAUGAAACAUUUUCUCGAAGUAUAUAAUUCCUCAACACAUUCUACAACAGGACAUACACCAAAUUCAAUGACACAACAACAAGAAGAAAAGUAUAUACAAAAGAAACGAAGCCAAACACAAAAUAUCAGAAAUUCAACACAAUUUACCCUCAUUCCUGGUACAAAAGUUCGUGU